AUGCCUCGCAGCACCCUCGGAAAGAGGACUCGAAGUGGUGUCGAAAAAGAGGCGGUGAUCGAUCCUCCCCGAAAGAGGACUCGCCGGAGCACAGCCAAGUAUGAUGUCGACGACGUCGAGAAUGACGAAAACUACGACCCUCGCAACACGCAGGACGACUCGGAAGAUGAGGACGCCUACCAGCCUUCGCCCACCAAGCGGAUGGUUCGAACCAAGGCCUCGCCUUCCAAACCCGUACCCGUCACUCCUCAGACCCCACGAUUCCGCGAUGCUCUUGGUCGAUCUCCGGCGACUCCCAGGCACGUGGUGAUGUCGGCUGGCAAAUUGUUCAGGCGAUCCACUCCCCACACCCCACUCUCACCUUCUCACGCUCCUACCGUUUACCACACCGCGAGGCAGCUGUUUGCUCGGGGUGCCGAUGCAGGCCAGUUGGUAGGAAGGGAGGAUGAGCGUGCACAGCUUGAGGCUUUUAUGCGGCGACUAAACUCGUCGAACCCCCAUGGCUGCUUGUACGUCAGUGGCCCACCAGGUACCGGAAAGAGUGCCAUGGUUCAGGACACGACCAAGAAGGUUGCCAAUACUACCGAAGUCACAUAUACCUACAUCAAUUGCAUGAGCAUCAAGUCAUCCAAAGAUCUUUAUGCUACGCUUCUGGAUUCGCUGGACCAAGAUAAAACAGCAACGACGGAGGCCGACGCGAUGAAAUGCCUGGAGAAAAUGUUUAUUCAAAAGAGGAAGAAGUCAACGCAGACAUAUCUCGUCGUUCUUGAUGAGAUUGACCACAUUCUAACCAUGGGACUGGAGAGUCUCUACCGCAUGUUCGAGUGGUCUUUGCUGAAGCAGUCACGUCUUGCACUCAUCGGCAUUGCCAACGCCCUCGAUCUUACCGACAGGUUUCUCCCGCGGCUCAAGGCAAAGAACCUCAAGCCCGAUCUGCUCCCGUUCCUUCCGUACACCGCUCCGCAGAUUAGGAACAUUAUCCUUACACGACUGAAGAGCGUUAUCGCAGCGGACUCGACGCAGCCAGACUACGUUCCAUUCAUUCACCCUGCCGCCAUCGAACUCUGCUCCCGAAAGGUGUCGAAUCAGACAGGUGACCUACGAAGAGCCUUUGAGAUCUGCCGGCGUGCACUGGACAUGAUUGAGGCGGAAACGAAGUACAAAUUUGAGCUUGAAGCUAGGGAAACGAUGCUUCAGAUGACCCCAUCACGAAAGGUGCUGGGAGAGACGUGUAACGAAUCAUCUCCCCGCCAGGGUGGACGACCCCAGAGCGUCAGUCAAUUGGUAGCGAGCUCGUUCAAGGCACUCAGCGCUGAGACGGCGCCGCGAGCUUCGAUUUCGCACUUGAACAAGGUCACCUCGGCGGCAUUCAGCAACGGCACGAAUCAACGACUAAAAACUCUGAACCUGCAGCAAAAGGCGGCACUCUGCGCACUGGUAGCUUUCGAAAAGAGGAACAGGGCAAACCAGACGACAACCAACCUGCCAACUCCCUCGAAAUCUGCGACCCUCGCGCCCACGGUGAAGAUGCUUUUCGAUGCCUAUUGCCGGCUCUGCAAGAGCGAUUCAGUCCUUCACCCACUCUCCAGCUCAGAGUUUAGGGAGGUUGUCGGAAGCCUCGAGACUCUUGGUCUCAUCACGGACGUGGAUGGCAAGAAGGGUGGCCUGGUGAUCAACCAAACACCUAGCAGGAGGGGACGAUGGAACGGGUUGGCCAACACGGGAGAAGAGAAGCGGGUGGCUAGCUGCGUUGGAGAAGAGGAGGUUGAGCAAGCAACGGAUGGCAUUGGAGCGGGAAUCUUGAAGAUCAUUCUUAAUGGCGACGCACUGGAGGACGACUACUGA